GUAAUUUAGUGUAGAGACAAAUUGAAAUGGUUCACGACUAACUGGAUGUAAAGAGCUAUACUGGUUUUGUGACCAAAGCUAUAACAUUAUUUAAUAUAAAAUAUCGCUGCAGCAAGAACUGUAUCUUGUGAUGCACGUUAAAUCACAUAUAGUUGUAAUAUAACCAUUUAGUUAGAUACAGUAGCAAGCUAACAGUCAGUAGCUACUUUCACACUUGUGCUGGAUCGAUGUAAAAUAGUUCUGGUUUGUGACACAUCGUGCAACUGGGUGCUGAAAAUUACCUCUCUUGGUGAGAUAUAGCAUCGGAAGAACUACAGCUGGACGUUUUAUAAAUUGUUUGACUAUUUUUUUUCCUACCGGUUAGCCAAUGUAUUUGGCAAACGGAUGUGGCUGCCACCUGCUAGCUAACGUUAGCAAUUGCUUGCAGUGAGCUAUUUUCCACUGCAAAUUGGUGACCUGGCCAUGACAUGCUGUUAGCUACUGUAAUCAUUGCUGUCAUUUGAAUGUCCACGUUUCCAUGUCAAUGAGAAGUAGCUAUAGUUUGCUAGAGACACCCACUCUGGAAUUUGGUCUGGCACUGUUCGCCACCGAGUUCCCGUCCACGCAAGCUAGCUGAUUUGUUGCUACUAUUACUACUUGUCAAGAAUAGGAGGCGGUGGCAGCUUUGGUGGAUACAUUUCUGCCUCAGCUUUAUAGAGAUCACUGCCGAGGUGAAAUACUGCAGUUCAUGUUUCGACAAGAAGUCAGUGUACUGUCUUUUAUUCCGUCUUGUUCCUACCUUUUCCAACACGAGAAGAGGAAUAUGUCUAGAUAUAACAUUUACAGUCUUUUAGACUGGUUGUAUGGCGGCGUGGACCCAAAGUUUGAAGGCAACGGGGGCCCAGAAUGUGCCGCCUUUCUUGCACCGCAACAACGUAUCAGCGAGAGUUUUGUCAUGGUUCUGAUUUCCAUCGUGGAAGUUGUCGUCGCAUUGAGAAAAAUCAACAUUUGUAAAGAACUCAAAGAGAUUGCGAAAGAUGGGCCAAGGACGAAACAGGACAGUUUCGGCAAGAACCUGUUGCUGGUUGCUCUGUGUAUGACGUUUGGAGUAGAGGUCGGAUUCAAAUUCGCCACCAAGACAGUAAUAUACCUACUGAAUCCAUGUCAUGUUAUGACCAUGGUGCAGAUCUUCCUGCUGGCCUGUCCGCCAUGUAAAACAGCCAUGGUCAUCUUUAGGCUUCAGGUCCAUAUGCUGAAUGGUGCUUUACUGGCCCUUGUCUUCCCUGUGGUCAACACUAGACUGCUUCCGUUUGAGAAGGAGGUCUACUACAUUCAGCAUUCCAUGCUCUACCUGGUUCCGGUAUACCUCUUCAGGAAAGGAGGUGUGUACAAGCCAGAGCCCUUAGGGGACAUGUGGUGGGCUAUCCUCUCCACUGGCAUCUUGUUCCUCUAUCACUUCCUGUUCCUGCAGGGCCUGGGCCUGAUGACCGAGGUCAACCUGAAUAACAUGUUGUGUCCAGCGGUGUCUGACCCAUUUUACGGGCCUUGGUACCGGGUUUGGGCUGCGGGUCACCAGACCCUACUGACCCUGGUCCAUGGGAAGGCCCUGACCCUCUUCUCUUACCACACCGGCCCCACCUGCAGGUACCUGCUGGACACCGCAAGACUUCGCAGCAAGGUCGACUGAACAGACCGACAAACAGACUCACACGGACGUAGCCUUUUUAAAUCCAAUGCCUGUUCUUACGUUGGGAUUUUCUAUCAACAUUUUUAAUGCAUCUUGUACAACUUACCUUUUUUUACUGUAAAGAAUUAGGCAUUUCAGGGUGAAAUUAAACAAAGUUAUUAUUUUUGUGUUAGGGAUGGCUUGCAUUGUUUGCAUGCACACAUGAUGGGGAGACUGCUGGAGUUGGUAGUAAUUGGUGUGGGGCUGGCCAGGGGAAAUUACCCUUUUCUUUUGUUUUGGUCAGAUUUCCUGAACCGGAGUUACUCAUGUUUCUAAAAGUUACUUUUUUUUUCUAAAGUUGCCUUUUGUAGUUAUGUUCAGAAAAAUGGGGCUAGCCUACAUAUUACUGAAUUGUCAUUGUUACUGUACACCUUAAACUCUUAAUUUGUGCUUGCUAUGACAGUUGGCCCAGGUAUGGGUCAAGUUGCCAUUUUGUGUUUGUAUUUAAGAUAACGUUAUCUUUGACAUGUUUAAUCCAUUGUAAAAGCCAUCACUUUGUGAUAUUUUGUUUGUUAGAGUAACGGUGGUGAUGCAUUUGUAUCUGUCAUAUCUGUGGGCACAGCCUCUGCUGACAAAAAGAAACCUGUUCCUCACGUCUUUGCUGGAUCAAGUGGUAUAAAUGAGAGGGCUCCUGCAUCUUUGUCCCAUCUCUCAAUCACUGAUUUUACUGAACUGCAGAGGCGAAAGAGAAUGUAAGGGGCCUUUUUACAGACAAGUGUUUGUCCUGUUGGAUCAUUAUGGACGAAGGGAAAUUACAGGAAGGUAUCUUGAUGUACAGUGCCUUUAAAGUAUUCAGACCCCUUGACUUUUUCCAAAUGUUGUUAGCUUACAGCCUUAUUCUAAAAUUGCUGGGAAAAAAACAUGUAAUACAUCUACACACAAUACCCCACAAUGACCAAGCAAAAACAGGUUUUUAGAAAUUCUUGCAAAGUUAUGAAAUUAACAAAUACCUACAGUGCCUUCUGAAAGUAUUCAGAGCCCUUACAUUCAAACCCUUUACUCAGUACUUUGUUCACAUUUGGCAGUAAUUACAGCCUCAAGCCUUAAUGGGUACAUUGCCACAAGCUAGGCACACCUGUAUUUGGGGAGUUUUUCCCCAUUCUUCUCUGCAGUUGUUUGAUCGGGUAAAAAUCUGUGCUCUGGCUGGGCCACUCAAGGACAUUCUGAGACUUGCCCCGAAGCUCCUCCUGUGUUGUCUUGGCUGUGUGCUUUGGGCCGUUGUCCUGUUGGAAGGUGAACCUUCACCCCAGUCCGAGGUCCUGAGCGCUCUGGAGCAGGUUGUCAUCUGUACUUUGCUCCGUUCAUCUUUCCCUCGAUCCUGACUAGUCUCCCAGACCUUACUGCUGGAAAACACCCCCACAGCAUGCUGCUGCCACCACCAUGCUUCACUGUAGGGAGGGUGCCAGGUUUCCUCCAGAUGUGACGCUUGGCAUUCAGGCCAAAGAGUUCAAUCUUGUUUUCAUCAGACCAGAGAAUCUUGUUUCUCAUGGUCUGAGUGUCCUUUAGGUGUCUUUUUGCAAACUCCAAGCGGGCUGUCAUGUGCCUUUCACUAAGGAGUGGCUUCAGCCUGGCCACUCAAAUCUCUUCCAUUUAAGAAUGAUGCAGGCCACUGUGUUCUUGGGGACCUUAAAUGCUGCAGAAAUGUUUUGGUAUCCUUCCCCAGAUCUGUGCCUCAACACAAUCCUGUCUCUGAGCUCUACGGACAAGUCCUUUAACCUCAGCUUGGUUUUUGCUCUGAAAUUGCAGUUAAUGUGGGACCUUUUUAUAUAGACAAGUGUGUGCCUUUCCAAAUCAUGUCCAAUCAAUUGAAUUUAUCACAGGUGGACUCCAAGUUGUAGAAACAUCUCAAGGAUGGUCAAUGGAAACUGGAUGCACCUGAGCUCAAUUUAGAGUCUCGUAGCAAAGGGUCUGAAUACUUAUGUAAAUAAGUUAUUUCUUUUUUUUAAAUGUGCAAACAUUUUUGCUUUGUCGUUAUGGGGUAUUUUGUAUAGAUUGCUGAGGAUUUGUUUUAUUUAAUCCAUUUUAAAAUAAGGCUAUAAUGUAACAAAAUGUGGAAAAAGCCAAGGGGUCUGGAUACUUUCUGAAUGCACUAGGUUUUGGAUACAGCACAGUUGUCAAAAGGGUGAGAGGAGCGAUGUCCUGUGCCUGUUGAGAGAGGGGAUCUGAAAGGUAGAGAUGGCCUUCAGAGAUAAUUCAUUAAAGGGAUUUAGGGCUCUAUUAAAUCCGUAUUGCGGAAGUUCGGCAUUACAGCGUGAUUGAAAUGUAAAGGCAUUGUUAGCGGUAAACGCUUCAUAUGUUGACUUCAGUGAUACAGAUUGAAGAGCCUUUUGAUCAUGGGGCAUAUUCAGUGGUUUAUUAUCAAGGUUGCAGAUGAAAUGAAUGUGUAACGUCAGUUCUCAAUCAAAUGCCUGUUCUAUACAUUACACUUCAAUCUACAUUCUGGGUGUUGGUUAUUUUUAAGGGGCAGCCCAAUUUCAGUCCAUAUAUCUACAUAACCGAUCACAUACUUUGUUUAAUGUAUCUGUUUAUUGAUUACCUGCAUAGCUCUACUUCGGGACAGUCAUUGGGAAACCCUGUUUUAAGGGAAGUAACUGUUUUAAAUACAAUUUCCUAUUCCCUAUCACUUCGAUCGAUCCCAUUUUGUAAUAAGGGAUUCCCUUACACAUUAGAAAAACAAGGGAUAUGGUAUACUUUUGUACUUUUCUGGGUGGAUGUGCAAUGUGCUGUAUUGACAAUAAAUGUGAUUUCUGCCCUUAAA